UACACCCAUCACCGUGAGCCCGCGAGCAGCCCCACCGCAUCCCGUCGCCGGCGAACGCCACUGCCUCCGGCAGCCAAAUACAGGCACACGCCUCCUCGGCGGCCUCCCCCGGCGCCCCUCCGACUCUCAGGAACCCGCGCGCCCACCUGUCUCUCCCAGGCUCCCCUGCUCCAAACCCUAACCCUAGCUCCCGGCGCAGGGCUGUCUAGGCCAUUUUAUAUCUUGGUGUUCCGUGUGUCCGCGAGGAGGAUACGCGCGCUGGAUGGCUCCAAGUUUCUGAGUGAAAUGUGCUUGCAGUGAUGUAUGGGCAAAGCCUGCUUCUGUGGUCCACUGGAUACUGAGCAUUCCUCUAUGGGAGGAAUUGUUGAAUGCGGUGUCAGCACGGACACAAAAGAUUCCCCUCGCCGUGUUGCCAUAGAGAAAGCUCAGGAGGAGCUGAGGCAGGAAUAUGACGUUCGUGAAGAACGGAGGAGGGAGCUUGAGUUUUUAGUCAAGGGAGGCAAUCCCUUGGAUUUCAAACUUGGACAUGUAGCGUCGCUCAGUGUACACUCCACUUCUGUCACAGAUCAGAUAGCCGAACAAAAUGUGAUAAGUGAAGCAAAAGGCAGUUUUGCAUCUGACGCAUCACCUCAUGGAGAUUCGGUUGAAAGUAGUGGCAGACCAGGAAGUUCAUCGUGUCGUGAAGCCAACACAGCCGAUAAUCUUAUGCUCUUAGAUGGAGAUACCAGCAACAUAGGUGGGGACAAACUUGUCAAACGCGGCACUACAAUCACGCCUCAGCCUGAGCUGUCUUUAUGCAAUGAUGGUCAAAUUAGUGUGAAAGAAGUUGAAGAUUCCGGUUUGUUCCGCCUUGGGGCAAAGAGCCAAGCGUAUGCUCGACGCAGGUCAAAGUCGGGCAGGGACAAUGCAAAUACUGUGCCCGUUAGGACUCCACCAGUUCCUCCUUCAAGUUCUCAGCGAGGAGAUGCAACAGGGGUAGUGCAAGAAGCAGAAAAUGAUGAUUAUGAUGGCUCAUCCAUUGAGCGUCCGAAACCAAUAAGUUCAAAUGGCAAUGAUAUGUUGAAGAAUGUACCAUUAAACAAUCCGGUGGUACUGGAGGUGGGAGGUGUUCAAGCAAUUCAUGAAAGCAAUCAAGAACAAAAACAUGAAAUAACGAACAACAAAGCUGACAUGCUAGCUCUUGAAAUCUCAUCAAACAAUGUGUCUGGUAAUUCACAGCGUACUGGAGGUGGCCAGAUGCCUAAUGUAACUGCUUUUGCAGAGUCUCUUCAUUCUAUUCCAAAAGAAGCUUCUUCAAGGACAACUUCUUUCCCAUCUAAACACAGCGAAAUCUUCAGAGAAGCGCACACUCCCGAAAAGGCAGGUAACAGCAAUUCUGACAAAAGCAUGGUUGAUGCUCAUGCAGAUGAUAUGGAAAUUGAGGCUUCUGUUCUGCACCCUGCCAUACAAACUGCUAGGGUUAGUGAAAACGAAGUGGACAUGAAUUGCACAGAUACCACUGAGACUGUUGGUCAGCAUCCAGGUAGAAAUGAUAGUUUAUCAAUGAAGAUUGGUCAAAGUUCUGAUGAAGGAUUGAGUAACAUUGGACCUGGUCAAUUGGAAGGCAGUAGCUUGCUGAUUGACAGUUCUACUCCUGUACAACCAGAAGUCAGCGCUGCUGUGAAAGAUGAAGCUGAAGUCUGUAACAAUGUAGUUGACACAGAAAAGGAGACAUGUCUUGCUACUUCUGAUUACAACAAAGUAGAUAAGGAGGCAGCUUCUGAUUUGGAUAGAAACAACAAAUGUUCUAGUGCUUUGAGUGGUUCUGAUAAGUUGGUUUCGGUUGAUUUGCCCCCUGCAUCACUCAGAGAGGAUAUGCCUAAUCCUUUGCCAUCAACAAACAUUUCUGUUAAUAACGACAAUGGUGUUACAAAAUGUAGCCGAAAUGACACAACAAUCACAAAGAAGGAAUGUGAAGAUUCUAUGAUGACAAAGAAGGAAUAUGAUGAUUCUAUACUUAGAAGGGCUCGGUUUAUAGAGGGGAACAUUAAGAGAGCUGGUGAACGAGCUCUCUGCAAUGUUUCUUUGGAGAAGAAGCGGAAAAGCCACUGGGAGUUUGUUCUUGAGGAGAUGGCUUGGAUGUCAAAUGACUUCAUGCAGGAGCGUCUGUGGAGAAGUGCAGCUGCAGCCCAGAUGUGCUACUGGAUCGCCUCCAGUGGCCGGGCAUCGUUUGAAGAAGCUAAUGUCUACAGAAAGCAGAAAUCUGUUGCUAGAAUUCUGUCCAAGGGCGUUGUGAAUUUUUGGCGUUCAGCUGAAACUUUACGAACCACUAGUGGUGAGAUUCCUAAAGCAUUGCAAGUAGAGAAAUCAAAGGGGCUUGAAGAAAUGAAGCCAGCUGGGAUCAAAGCAGAAAAAGAACUGGGCGGCGAAUCCAUCGAACACGAGAAGUCUAAGUGGUCCCAUCAGUCUCCUAUUCAGAGUUACGCUCUUCGGUUUCUGGAGUACAACUGUAAUGUGUCCGCUUGUCUUUCAUUAGCUGAAGCACCACCAACUCCAGAGAGGCUAAAUGAUUUUGGCAUUUUAAAAGUGCCGGCUGAACUUUCAGAUACACAUCUCUUUUAUGAGGUAGCCCCUGGUGCAAUGCAUGCAUACAGAGAGUCAGUGGAGUAUCAAUCUGUUUAUAAUAAGAGGCUUGUUAACACUGGACAUAAGGAGGAUUAUGAGCCAUCUACAUGCGAUUCUGUUCCAGAUGUACAUAGGGAGAAUGGGUAUGGUGAUGAAGGCGAGGCAUACUCUUAUUUAUUGCCUGGAACGUAUGAUGGUGGUUUGGCAUCAAAAUCGGGUCAUAAGAAGAAACAACAGAUGCAUCAGAGGAUGAAUGGCACAAGACUGUAUGAUAAUGGUAUUGACCCGUCUUAUGAUCCAUACUUGGAGAACAAGACAGGAAACCAACCAUUUUUAUCAAAUGGCAAAAGACCUCCAGAUUUCCUUUCCAUUCCUAUAAAACGCAUACGGACUGCUGCUAGACAGCGAGUUGCAAGCCCCUUCUCUGCUGGUGUUGCCGGAACCCCUCAGUUCACAAGUAAAACAGAUGCCUCUAGCGGAGACACAAACUCCUGCCAGGAUGAUCAAAGUUCGUUACAUGGUGGAUUCUUCCCCAGGAAGAAUGCAGAUAUUGAAUCCACUGUUGAUUUUGACAAACAAUUAAUGUAUGAUGGCGGUGAGGUGUCUGCUAAGUCUAAAAAGAAGAAAAAGCCUAAGUACCCUGGGCACAAGGCACCACAAAGUGCGAGCGAGUCCUAUACCUUGAUGGCUGGAAAGAAGGAUUAUUUGAAGAAGAGACCGGAGGCUUAUCAGUUUGAUCCGAAUGGUAAUACUGGUAACUUUCUUUGUCUCUGCUUCAGAUAUCAAAUUUCUAUUGCAGUAAAUGGUCACGCUUCUAAGAAGAUUAAAUUGUUGCAUCCAGCACCUGAUAUUUCAUUAGAUGCUCUUACACCAGUUGGUCCACUGGCAUCUCCGGUGGCAUCACAAAUGAGUAACAUGGUAAACCCGGCGAAGAUUAUAAAGAUCAUCACUAAUCGGGAUCGUGGAAGAAAAAGUAAAGGCCUGAAGAUGGCUGCUGGCCACUCCGGUCCUGGUUGUCCUUGGUCAAAUUUCGAAGAUCAGGCUCUUGUUGUGCUUGUACAUGAUAUGGAUCAAAACUGGGAAUUAGUUAGCGAUGCACUGAACAGCAUUGUCCAACUGAAGUGCAUAUAUAGAAGGCCCGAUGAGUGUAAGGACCGUCACAAACUUCUCACGGAUAAAAGCUCUGGUGAUGGUGCUGACAGCGCGGAUGACUCAGGCUCAUCUCAACACUAUCAAUCCACAUUGCCUGGCAUUCCAAAGGGCAGCGCCAGACAGCUGUUUCAGCGCCUUCAAGGACCGUUCGAGGAAGAGACUCUUAAGACACAUUUUGAGAAAAUAAUAUUCCUUGGGCAGAGAUUGCAUCCAUGUCGCAGGAAGGGGGAAAGCCAGGAGCUUAAGCCAAUAAAUCCACUUCACACUUCUCAUGUUCUUGCGCUUUCUCAAGUGUGCCCAAGCAACUUCUCUGCUGGCGUAUUGACGCCACUUGAUCUUUGUGAUACAAUAACUUCAAGCCCGGAUAUACUUCCUGUUGGUUACCCGGGAUCACAUACAAAUGUGUUAACGCUUCCGAACCAUCAUGGUUCACUUGGUCCUACCCUUCCAAUUUCAAAUAUGAAUGCUAGGCUACCAGGUUCUCCUGGUAUGGUACUGGGCAGCAGUUUGCCAUCGCCUUCAACAUUGAAUGCUCCCUCUAGAGAUGCUCAGAGGUAUGGUGUGCCUAGGCCUACCUCGUUACAGGGUGACGAACAACAAAGAAUUCAGUAUAACCAUAUGCUCAAUGGCAGAAAUCUCCAGCAACCCGGAGUUUCUGUUCCUGGUGUUCGAAUGAUGUCUGGUGCUAAUGGUAUGGGAAUGAUGACUGGACUAGCUCGAUGUGCGCCUGUUGUGAGGCCGGGCUUUCCAAGGCUUGGUUCCCCAGGAAUGCUAAAUAUGGUUUCGCCUGGAAACAUGCUAUCCAGCAAUGGUCAGUCCAUGCAAAAUUCAGUAAAUCUUCGCCCUGGUGCUGUAACUGGCCCUGGAAAUACAAUGCCGAGGCCGCGUGAUCCAAUGCAGAUGCUUCGGCCUGGCCAGAAUCUGGAAGAGCACAGGCAGAUGACAGUGCAGGAGUAUCAGAUGCAAGUCGCGCAGGGAAAUAGCCAAGCUGUCAAUUAUAGUGGAACACAAUUUUCCAAUGCCGGAACAUCUUCACCUGUUCAGUCAUUCCCUGUUCAGCAGUCCCAACCAAAUCAGAUGCCACAGCAGGUGCACAUGUUUGGGAAUACACAUCAUUCUCAUAUCCGAGGAGCAAACCAGUCAAGCCCACAGCAUCAGGCUUAUGUGCGGUUGGCUAAAGAGAGACACAUUCAACAAGGAAUGAUGCCCCAACAACAGCACCCACUUUCCGCAGCUGGUACAGUGCCAACUGUUCAGAAUGGUUCACAAAUGCAACCACAAUCUUCAGCCAGUACUGCCCCAUCUUCACACUCACAUCAUAAGAAGCAGAACCCUGUGCAAAGCCCACAAGAUAGCUCAGUGCUUCCCAAUCAACCUGCCAAUAGUAUAUCAAAUAAGCAGAAGAAGCAACAGACUCAGCAGCAGUCUAGGCAAAACCAACAGCAACGAAAUCAAGGUAGCCAGCAAGCUAAGCUUAUGAAGAGUUUAGGCCGAGGGAAUGUGAUGCAGCCGAAUUCUCCGGUUGAUGCUACUCAACCCAGCAGCAGUAAUGCAACUUCAAACAACCAAGUUUCUGAUAGAAAUAUGGUGCAGCAGGGCCCAGCGUAUUUUGCUGGUAAUAAAGGAUUGAUUCCAUCAGUGUCUCAACCUGGGAAUCAACCAAAAGUAUAUGCUGCCCAUGUACCGCAGUCACCAAUACAAUCAUCAGAUAUUGGCGUUCAAGGUUUAGUACAGAGUUCUCCCAACCAGACCUUGUUAGCUCCCCAUCAAGCUCCAAUCCAUUCAUCAUCGCAAUUGGCUAUGCAGCAACAACAACAACAGCGUCACAUGAAUCCAUCACAUAAUAAUAUCCAACGAUUGAUGAUGCAACAAAACCGCCAUAUGAACACUGACGGUAGGAUAGAGUUGCCUGUUGAUCAAGUCCAACCUAAUCAGGUGAUUCUGUCUACGUCCAUUGCAAGGAGUACAGAUUCAGGUAGCCCAGGUGUUUCAUCGAUACAACAGCGGAAACAAGAGUCAUCUCAGGAUCCAACUGCAGUUACCUCGACCUCACAGCUAGCCAGUUCGCCUCAAGAUACCUUUAUUGGAAAUGAAGCGUCAUUGUCAGCACCAAACCAAGGCAUGCUGCAAAGGCAAAUGUCAGGGGGUGUUCCUAUACAUGGGCAUGUUACUGGUGCCCAGCGGCAGCAACAGCAGGGUCGACAACAACUUCAGACUCAGCAGCAGCACAGACCUGUCGUUCAAGGCAGUGUAUAUUCUCACCCUUCAAAUUCUGGACCAGGAUGAUGAUGGAAUCACUUGAGGUUGAUAAGUUUUGUAGAGCAUUUCUUUCCUUUGUAAAGUUACUGUACAGGUGUUUCGUGUGAGAAGCUGCACGAAUGACAGCGCUCCCCAUUCCCCACUGUUGAAGCUAAUUGUAGUCAUAUCUCAGUGCCAGGUAGAUAAUUGUUCUGUUCCAUUUUUGUUCCACCUUACAAGCAGCUUGGUUCUAGAUUGCUGGAGAUGGCUCUUGUAACGGCAACAAUUCCUUUUGUUGUUGAAUCGUAACCCUGAUAUGGGCCCGGCUGUAUAUUUGUCUUAUGGGGCCCAUGUUGUUAGAAACAGCUGUUUCUUUUGGACAAGCCUGUACAUUUACUUAUGUAGCUCACAAGUUAGUGAAUGCAAAAGUUCCUCCUUUGCAUG